UUGGCUCACGAUUUCUAUUCCUCCCUUCUAUUCUCUCACUGACUCGAUCACGGCUUCAAACCUUGGUGGUGCGGUUGGUGUGGUGCAGGGAAGAUCACGGCGGUGGUGGCCGAUUGGUGGCGCAUCAGAGAUCUGCAUAGUGGUGGUUGUUCAGUUGGCAUACGCUUUAUGCAGGAACAUAAUGAAACGUAGGGCAACAACAAACUUGGAAUUAGAAUUGCAUGGAGGACUUUCUCAGGGUUCAAAUUCGCAGUCCCAUACUUCCCAUGGUUCACAAGAAGAGGACGUGGGGACUACCAAAAGCAAUGAGUUAAUAACACCGAAGAAGACUCGAGGCCCCACACGCUGCGCAAAUGUGGUACAACAUGACACCAAAAAGAAUGGCCUGAUACCAUUAAGUGUGAAUGAGCAUGGACAGCCUAAUGGAGCCGAUGAAAAAAAUUUCGCUAAUUAUUUGGGCACAAUUGCCCGUAAUGGUCUUGCAACUCCCUUGAACUAUAAAAAUUGGAGGAAAGUCCCUGAAAUAGUUAAAGAGGACAUGUGGACGACGGUCCGGGGCAAGUUUGCAGUAGAAGAAAUCUCAAAAGAUUGGACAUUAUCAUCCCUUGGUCAUAAAUGGAAAGAUUGGAAGAGUGAAAUUAAAAGUAACUAUUAUAAAAUUUGGCGUACAGAUGAACAACGAUAUGCAAACCCACCACCAAGUGUUGAGGAGGACCAAUGGGAUUAUCUCAUUAGAUAUUGGUGUACAGAGGCAGCACAGAAACAAAGCCAACAAAAUGAAGUAAAUCGCUCUAAGCAAACAAUGCUGCACACAACUGGGACAAUGAGUUAUGCGCGGAAGGCUGAAAAGACACAACUAGAAGAGCUUGCUGCAACUCAGCCUUCUAACCCAGAUGAACCUUCACCCCAUGAUUUUUAUGCCCAAGUUAGGGGAGAAAAAAGAAGGGGCCGUGUUCGGAUGUAUGGCUUGGGACCUACGCCAACUAGUCUUUGGGGGCCAUCUCUUAGUAAAGCGGAGCUGAUAAGGAGGACCUCACAAGCAGAGGAAGAGGCACGUCUUGCUCGUGCAGAAAUGAAUGAGAAAGUGGACAAGAUGCGUGCCGAGUAUGAUGAAAAAUAUGAAGCUUUGAAUGCAAAGAUGGCUAUGAUUUUGCGUCAUAUCGAAAAUCAAAAUUCUAAUGUACAGGUACCUGGCUCCUCAACUACUACACUUGGUGAUCCUUAAACUUUAUUUUUGGUCAUUGAAUUUCAUCCUUGGGCAAUUUGAAGGAAGACGAGAGAUGAAAUUGAACCAUUAAUUCUCAAGGCCCUCGCAUAGUCUCACUCAAAUUCUCAAUGAAAUUUUGAUGUUUUAUUUUGCAUGAUUUCCUUUUGAACCUUUUAUUAGCACUUGACAUUUUGAAACAAAACUUAGAUGUUAUGGGAUGUUAUUGAAUUUUAAUGCAACUUUCUUUGUUCUAUGUUAUAUAUCAAAUUUAAGUUGUUGGA